AUGAGUACAAAUCCACUUCGCGACCUUGCUGCUGUUGCAAGAGAUAUUAGAACAGUUGGCAUCGGAAGCAUCCCAAUCAAUAUAGAACGCGCUUGCUUGAUUAUGAUCAAUCAAUACGCCUAUCAUAAUACUGCAUCAAUUCAAAGUGCCAUUCGUGUUGCAAAAUUCGCUCGCUGGGCUACAUGCGAAGUUUACUAUCUUGUUGAUCCAAAUGUUAAUGAAGCAACUGAAGCUUUAACACACUUCUCAACAUCAGUUCGCAAAUUCUCCUUCAUUUACUUUUCUGGAAAUCCAAUAUCUCAAGACACAAUCGAUGCAAAGGCUGUAAUUAAAUGUUCGAAUGGUACAAUUGGCCCCAACUUGAUCUAUUCUACAAUAGAUCAGAAGCCUGGCGAUCUUAAGUUAGUUAUAUGCGUAGAUGGAAUCAAUAAUCCAGAAUUAUGGGAUCCAAAGGAUCAGGAUCUUACAAUGGAACACGUUGCAUUUUUUGCUCCAUACCCAGAUCCAGAACAAGCUCAUCUUCAACAGCUUGACUUACAAAAUGAAACUAUCUUUAUCAAUGAGUUCUGGAAUGCAAUUAAGACAGCACCAAGCUCAACACUCAAAGAUAUCUAUAAUCAUAUUGCUCCAGAGCUUAAUGUUUUUGGCCAAAAGAUCCUUGCAUCAACAUAUCCACCAGAGGACUAUUCUAAGACACCAUUAGUCUUAUAA